AUGAAGUCGUUCCAUCCAAUUUCUAUGCUUGAAAUCAUUCACAAGUACGAGGUAGAUACUCUAAAUGUGGUGCCAUCAAUUCUGUCGUUUCUCUGUCGAAUGAAUACCGAAAGCUACGAUCUCUCGUCUGUUCGUACAGUUCUUUGUGGUUCAAGUCCCUUGGGUCGAGAACUCAGUUCUUCUUUUCUUGAAAAAUUUCCUUCUGUUCAGAAUUUGAUUCAAGGUUACGGUAUGACAGAAAUUGUGGUUCUUAGCCACAUAACCCCACUUGGGCUUAUCGACGAAAAGCAUCUUGGUAGCUGCGGUAAGCUGUUGCCAGGAUUUGAGGCUGAGUUAAGAGACGAAAAUGGAGGCGUCGUCGAUGGUCCCUAUUGUCCAGGCGAGCUUUAUCUAAAAUCACCGACGGUUAUGCGUGGAUACCACAACUCUGAUGGAUACUGCAGAUCCGUUCGUGGACGGAUGGCUGAAGAACUGGUGAGCGAUUCAGCUACUGAAAUUGUUUUCUCUACAGCGUUUCAUCGCCGAGACGUACUGUACUUCGAUGAAGAUGGGUUUUACUUCGUCGUCGAUCGAGUGAAGGAUCUCAUCAAAGUAAACGGAAUACAAGUUUCGCCAUCUGAAUUGGUGAGUGAUCUUCCAAGAGUUUCUCAUGAAUGA